UUCCUUCCUCCUUCUCAAAACCAAUUGAACUCUCCAUCACUCACUCUUCAAUCCACCCAACAAGACCCUGAAAUUCCACUUUGCAAAACCAAACAAAACCAUGCAAACCAGGGAAGUCUCAGGCCUCAAUUACUUACUCCCUUCAAACCCUUGUCCCUACCCUCCCAACAACUACACCAUGAUCCAAAACAACAACAUUCCCACAUUCCAAUUUCCAAGAUUCUCCAACCAAUUAUUAUAUGGCUACAACAACAACAACCACAACCAAAACCAAAACCCUAUCCAUGACUUUAGUCCUCAAUCAUCAUGCAUCAGCAGCAACUCCACCUCUGAUGAGGCUGAUGAGCAGCAACUGAGUCUCAUCAAUGAAAGAAAGCACAGGAGGAUGAUAUCAAACCGUGAAUCCGCACGUAGGUCACGCAUGAGGAAGCAGAAGCACCUCGAUGAGCUUUGGUCGCAAGUGGUGUGGCUCAGGAAUGAGAACCACCAACUCAUAGACAAGCUGAACCAUGUUUCAGAAAGCCAUGACCAAGUGGUUCAAGAGAAUGCUCAGCUCAAAGAACAAGCCUCGGAACUUCGACAAAUGAUAAGGGACAUGCAGAUACACAGUCCUUGCCCCUCCUUCACCCCUUUGGAAGAUGAUGCUUACCUCAGAUCUGCAGAUUCUUCAAAUCAUUCCAACUCAAGUAACAUGGACCUUCUUGGAUGAAUUAGAAGACAAGGAGGGCCAAAUUUUAAUCAUCUCUUUAGUUGUUAAUCUUCUUUUACUUUUUAUUCCUUUUUUUUGUCUGUGUGGAAGUCAAAAACACUAGUCUUUUUCUAUAUUUUUAUAACUAUGUUAUUAGUACGAAUAUGUUAUUAGUACGAAUAUUUUAUUAGUACGAAGUAUUCACCGACUUGGUUGAUGAUUUAACCAGCCAGUACUGGUCUUUUCUAAUCCCUUUUGAGCUUUGAGAGGAGAAAAGAUAAAAUGGCAAUAACAUGUCUUGAUGAGAGUAUCUUUAUAUUUGACCCUUUUUAGUUCA